UUACAUUCCAUUUUUGCACUGAUGUUCAAUAAAUAGUGUUUUAAUGGGGCUGCAGCCGUAAUAAUAAAAUUUUCUAGUUGAUGUAUGUGAAAUUGUGAUUAAAUUGUAAAUCUAUGAAAUAUAGAUGAUAUUGGUAUAAGUGUAUAAUAGAAUUAAGGAGUUUGUUUUAGAUAUUUACGAAGUUGGAUUAAAUAAAGAAUAUACUAAACCUCCGACAAAAAUACAUAAUUAAUUUUUCGGACACUUUAUAAUAUGGUGAACAUUAAGCUUACGUGAACUGUGGCUACUACGAACUUGAAUUUUAACAUGGCCAAAAUGGAAAUUGAUGAUGUGGUGGACUUAAGCCUUGGUUCCAAUCGGGAUCCAGCUCUUACAAUAACCUCAUCUGCGAUUCGUGACGUUCGUUCUUUAACACAAAAUUCUGCGUCAUCACUUCCCAGCACUAAUUUAACUAAUAACAAUGAAUUAACAUUGUCAGAUGAAAAUAAAGUUCAACGCCGUGUUCUUAGACCACGAACUGAACCUAAGUCUUAUGCAGAGGCGCCAGAUAUCGUGUUAUUACCUGCACGUUUAAAUGGUCGACAACAUAAUGGAAAUAUAGAUUCCGAAACAGAUGAUGAAGAAUCUGCGUUAUACGUUCCAAUCAAAGAGUUGUCUCCGUCUGAAAUCGAAGAACGAGAAAAAGGCUUACGAAAACUACGAGAGGAUCUACGAAAUGAAGAAACAAAAUUAGUGUUGCUUAAAAAACUAAAACAAUCACAGCAUGUAAUGAAAGAAAAUUUGGCAUUUACACCUGUGGUAUCUUCCAGUAAUCCUCUAGCUAUCAUACCAACUGCACUAACUUCCAAAGGCUCUUUGAGUGUAACUCCUACACCUGUAGUGUCUGUGUCGACACACUCUAAAUGUCGAUCUAGUACUGUAAAUAUUAACUCUACAAGCAGCCGCAAUACUCCGUCGUCACCAUCUACAAUGUCAACAUCAUCGCCUUCUUUUAACCGCGUGAAUGCUUCUAUUCUUCCACACUCUCGUUCUUCUCUUCCAGGAGGAACAACGUUAACAACAGGAAAUUCACCUUCAUCGCAUAGAGUUAAUUCCCGUUCAAAUCUUCCAAAUCUUACCAUUACUCCUUCAGUUACAAUCACCCCAACUACGGCCCCACCUUCUGGAAUUAAACCACGCAAUAUUAAUAUAUCUGAAAGUUCGAAGUUAUCUGGAAUGAUUAAUAACGCAGUUUCCAUAACACCCUCGUCAACUCUUUUACAACAAAAUCAGCAGCAACAACAAGAUCUAAAGAGUGACCGCAGUACAUCACGUGAGGAAUCAUUGACCCCAGUACAGAGACAGGCAGCUGCAAAAUUAGCAUUACGAAAACAACUAGAAAAAACGCUUUUACAAAUACCACCCCCAAAGCCGCCGCCUCCAGAAAUGCACUUUAUUCCCAAUCCGAGUAAUACUGAGUUUGUGUAUUUAUUAGGCUUGGAAACUGUUGUGGAUUAUUUAACAACCAACAAUAAAAAACAAAAUCCAAUGAUACCGCCUUUUCUGUGCGCACAGUGCAAAAUCGAUUUCACUCCAGUUUGGAAAUGGGAGAAACAAACAAACAAAGAAACAAAAGUAAUUUGUGAACAGUGUGUUACCACAAAUGUUAAAAAGGCUUUAAAGGCAGAGCAUACAAAUAGACUAAAGCAAGCAUUCGUUAAAGCUCUUCAACAGGAACAGGAAAUUGAGCAACGAAUAACUAGUCAAGGGAGUAAAUCACCUAUAGAUUCACAUAGUUCUACGCUAUCAGCAGCUCAACCUUCUCUUCAGCAACAACUUCCACUAAUACAGCUACAUCAGCAACAACAAGCUACCCCUAGCGCUCUUGCUAAUUUGCCACCUUCUGUAACGAUCAUUCCAUCAAAAUGUCACACACCUACACCUAGUGUAGCAUCUCGACCAACACCGCCACCAUGUAUCCAACAAACACCAACCCCUCCUCCAUCCAAUACGUCUCGUUCUUCUCGUAAUCAACAGAUGACAUCACAAUCAACAUCAAAUUCUUCAAACCAAAUGCAACAACGUGAGCGAGAACAGGUUCAACAACAGCAACAACAAUAUGAUAAGUAUACCAAUGCAGCGCUGGCCGCUGCUGCUCAAUUGACUGCACUUGGUAGCUUACCUGGUUUAAAUAACCUUGCUAAUAUCAGCAGCUUAGGUAAUAUAGGCCAAUUGAACAACUUCACAUCAUUAGGAGGAUUAGCGAACAUCUCUACAUCAUCAACAGCUAAUCCUUCUGCUAGUGGACUGAGUAAUGCGUCACCGGCAGCUCAAGCUGCUGCAUUCCAAGCGUUCCAGCAACAACUUCUUAGAGCUCUCGGUCAAGGAUUAGCGGCCAAUCCGCAGCAUAUGAUGCAGUUUACACCACUUCUAUACUCGUAUCAAAUGGCAAUGGCCCAGGCUCAAGUAGCAGCUUACACAAAUAAAAAAAACUCUUCUUCCUCGUCAUCAAAGAAUCAAUCAUCAAAUUUGGCUGAUAUACAACGUGCUGCUGAACUUCAGAGGCAAUAUUUAAUGGAAAUGAUACCACAACCACAGGCUCCAGCAUCAAAUAAUAAUCGUCAAAAUAAUUGGAAAACUUAAGUAAUUAUUUGAUGAAAUAGUUGUGUUGUCUAUAAUUAUGACAGUUUUUAAAUGUUAUUAUGCAAAUAUAACUUUAACGAGUUGGCUGUAAUCACCAUCAA